CCCGAGGGCUGGCAGUGGAAAACCUUCCUGAGCUGUGAUAUAUCACCAAAACGCUCUUGGUGCCUUUUUGCCUCCUGCAAAAGAAGAGAAGAGGACAACAAGACAAUGUCAAUAGCCCUGAAGCAGGUUUUUAAUAAAGACAAGACCUUUCGGCCCAAACGCAAAUUUGAACCUGGCACGCAAAGGUUUGAGCUCCACAAAAGGGCACAAGCCUCUCUGAACUCCGGGGUGGACCUGAAGGCAGCAGUGCAGCUGCCCAGUGGGGAAGACCAGAAUGACUGGGUUGCUGUUCAUGUGGUAGACUUCUUUAACCGUAUCAACUUGAUCUAUGGCACCAUUUGUGAGUUCUGCACUGAGAGGACCUGUCCUGUGAUGUCAGGGGGCCCAAAAUAUGAGUACCGGUGGCAGGAUGACCUUAAGUACAAGAAACCUACUGCAUUGCCAGCCCCUCAGUAUAUGAACCUUCUCAUGGACUGGAUUGAGGUACAGAUCAAUAAUGAAGAUAUAUUUCCGACCAGCGUAGGUGUUCCUUUCCCGAGGAAUUUUCUUCAGAUCUGCAAAAAGAUUCUGUGUCGUCUUUUCCGGGUGUUUGUGCAUGUCUACAUCCAUCACUUUGAUCGUGUGAUUGUGAUGGGUGCGGAAGCCCACGUCAAUACCUGCUACAAACACUUCUAUUACUUUGUCACAGAGAUGAACCUCAUAGACCGCAAGGAACUAGAACCCUUGAAAGAGAUGACCAGCAGGAUGUGUCACUAAAGAGCCAUCCAUCAGAAGAAGGAGGAAUGCAAUUUCCUCGGGGGGUUGAGCAUGAAGUAGACGUUUCAGACUAAAAUAACUUGUUGAUUCCCAGGAGGUUGGGGACAGGCAGUGAUUUUUCUCUGCUGUGCUUCCUAUUCACCGAGUAUGCUCUUAACCCUCAGAGUGCUGCUAGCAAUAUCCUAUUGACCAGGUGUAUUACAAAGCAAAGCAAAGAAAGAGAA